AUGGCUCGAGAUAGGAUUUGGAUGGAUAUGAAUAGGGAUUCUGCGGAGUGGCGGAGUGGCAUUAAGGAAUUUUUAGAUUUGGCUUUUGAUGGUAGUCCUGGAAGAUCAUCCGCUUUAUGCCCAUGUAGAAGAUGUCUCAAUGCUAUUUACAAGGAAAGGGACGAAGUACACCUUGACCUGCUCAUGAAUGGGAUGGAUCCCAGUUAUACUUGCUGGAAAUACCAUGGAGAGGAUUCAGAUGACGAAAGUACGGCUGAAGGAUCUGAAGGUGAAGGGGUGAGAGGUGAUGACUUUGCAGUUCGUGAUUUGCUCAACACGCUCAUACGUAGCACCGAGCCAGAAAGUAGCAAAACCACAGGUGAAGGUACUAGUGAAGAGAUGUUGCAUGAUGAUGGUAAUAUCCCAGAAGGGUCUGCAGAAGGUAGAAGUAACGAAGAGGCAGGUGGAUGUGCCAAGGCUUUCUUUGCUUUGUUGAAGGAUGCUGAAAAGGAGUUGUACCCUGGUUGCAAGGAGCUCACAAAGCUUUCUUUCAUUGUGAGACUCUACCAGAUAAAGUGCUUGUUUGGGUUGAGCAACAGGGCAUGUGAGGCAGUACUUCAAUUGUUCACAGAAGCGCUUCCAAAAGGUCAUUGUAUUCCAAAUUCUCUCGAGAAAGUUCAGAAGAUAAUCCGGGAUCUUGGGCUUGACUACCAAAAGAUACAUGCUUGCAUUAAUGAUUGUGUGCUAUUCCGGAAAGAGUAUGCUGACAUGGAUUACUGUCCGACCUGUAAGGAAUGUAGAUGGAAAGCUGCUGCCGCUGAUGAAUUAGAUGUCGAGAGGACAAACCAUAAAGGGAAGAAGCAAGUGGCCCGUAAAGUUCUAAGAUAUUUCCCACUCGCUCCACGGCUACAACGUCUAUUUAUGACCGAGGCUACAUCAUCAUAUAUGAGAUGGCAUAAGGACGACUGUGUGGAUGAUGGUAUAAUGCGGCACCCUGCAGAUUCUUUGGCUUGGAAGCAUUUUGAUAACAUUUAUUCUAAAGGAUUCUCUUCAGAUGCACGGAAUGUAAGGCUUGGGCUUGCAUCUGAUGGGUUCAACCCAUAUGGGAUAAUGAAUGUGUCAUACUCUUGUUGGCCAGUGAUUCUAAUUCCAUAUAACUUGCCUCCUUGGUUGUGUUUGAAACAACCAUAUUGGUUAAUGUCGAUGAUAAUUCCUGGAAAAAAGUCACCAGGAAAUAACAUCGAUGUAUAUCUAUAG